AUGGGCGAACUCGAUGGACCAGAGUAUUAUCCCGAGCCUGUCGGCGGUCGUCCAAAUGACCCUAGAUUGGGCAGGAGAGGGAAUCGCGGACUUAGCGGAACAGGUCUGCAAGGAAAUAUCGUCGAAGAUGAUAAUGCUUACGCAUGGGGGGUCGUCAGUGACAACGGCUUCGAGGUGUGGAAUAAUGGCGAGCUGGUCGCUAGCGGCGGAGACCGCUUAACUCGCGGUGCAGGCCGUCGGGGCAGAGAUGAUUUUGCCUUCGGCUUCGGCGAUGAGGAAUAUUAUUCUGAUGGUUUUGACGACUUCGGAACUGGCACCUACGGAAGAGGGCCGCCUCUGGGCUCCAGAGGCGGGCCCUUCGGCAGAGGUUCUCGUCGAGGACCAGGCGAGCUUCCUCCAGGUAUGGAGUUCAAUCACAUUCCACCGUGGUUCCUUGACGAGUUUGAUGAUGAUGGCUUUGAUGAUUUUCAGAUGAUAGGUGCUUUGGGGGGCAGACCACCGCGAAGCAGAGGGAGUGGACCUCGACGAGGUGGCAGAGGAGGGAUCAGAGUUACGCGACAAGGAGGCGGCGUCGUGGUCGACAACGAAUUUGAGGGCACGCCUCGUGAAAGUGGAGGUCGAACUGGCUACGGUCCACAGCUGGACAACGAAUACGAGAAUGAUGAUGAUGAUGAUGGCGACGACAGUGGUUACGACGAUGAACUUGUGGAAGGUAGCUUGGGUGGAAGAAACAGGGAUCGUAUCAUGCGAUUCAGCGAUGGGGCGACACUUCGCAUCCAUCAAGGAUGA